AUGAAGAAUAUAAGUUCCUUUGUUGGGAAAUCAAGUUUGGCGUCAAUAGAAGGUAUGGGUUCAGCAAUUGCGGGCAUGAGCGGGAAGAGAGCUAAUCCCUCCAUUGCUCGAUCAAUCUCGUCGAAUUCCUCGAAAACAUGGCAACCUAGUCAUGGUAUUAUCUUCAAAGACGCUUCUGCACCAGGAUCACCGAGACUUUUGAGUACGACGACGGUAGCAAAUCAUGAACAGAAUUUGGCAUAUCAUUCAUAUGUCGAAGAUAACUAUGUUCUGGCAAACGCGCAUGUUGAAAACUCGAAGACUCGAAGGGCAAAAGUGGCCAAGGAAGAGAUAUUGGAGCCUGAAAUAACCGCAGAUGUUCAAGAAUUAGCAGACGAGAUUGAGGAAGAUCCUGCUAGGAAGGAACUUCCCAAAUCUGAAUUGGCAUACCAAAUGACUGAGGAAUUGUUUACACAGGCGAAAGAGGCCGCACCAGAGACACCAGAAUCCUACUGGUCGCAUACUUUAUAUCGGGGGCCAGAGGAAGACGGCGUUCCUAAGAAGGUUAAGAUACACUAUUGUCGGAGUCUACAAACUACGGAAGAAACGUUAAAACGUUAUUUUUUGGGCCAAAAGCUCAUCGGAUUCGAUAUAGAAUGGAAGGCGGACGCUCGCGUUUAUGAUGGCGCGAAAAAGAAUGUGUCGUUGAUCCAGCUGGCAACUGAAGAGCGAGUCGGGCUAUUUCACAUUGCAUUGUUCCCCCAGGAUAAAGUCUCACAAUUGGUGGCUCCGACUAUGAAGAAGAUUAUGGAGGAUCCAGAAGUGACUAAAGUAGGCGUGGCAAUCAGUGCCGAUUGCACACGUCUUAGAAAAUACCUUGACAUUCAUUCAGUCUCUAUAUUCGAACUUAGUCACCUGUAUCGGUUAGUCAAGUACAGCGCUUCUCAGGAAUAUGGUUUGAUCAAUAAGAGAUUGGUCUCCCUAGCAAAACAAGUGGAAGAUCAUUUACAUCUACCACUGUUUAAAGGAGGGAGUGUUAGGUCUAGUGAUUGGACUCGAGGAUUAUCAAUUCAACAAAUUUCAUAUGCAGCUUCAGAUUCUUACGCCGGUUACCAUCUGUACAAUAUACUAGAGAGUAAGCGCCAAGCUCUGAAUCCGAUGCCUCCACGACCCUUUCAUGCCGACCAGAACAAGCCUAUUUCCGUACCAACACCCACGCCAACUUCUACGAAAAAACCCACUCGAAGUCGGGCUACGCAAGAUUAUCCCCUGCUUGACCCGAAACCCUCGCUUAAAGAUCUUAAACCCGCCCUUGAAGUCCCAUUUAAAGCCGCAACAGAAAUAGAAAUUGAUCCGGACAUCGAAGAAAAAAUCUCCACCUCACAUCGUCCCCCAUGGAGAAUCCAUUGUUCACAAGCUUCUAAACCUAGUAUUAUAGUUCCUGAGAAAACAAGUCAAGCACAACCAGCCCUUACCCCUGACGAUUCCGAAGCAUCCUGCAUCGCCCUAGCAGCCGAUGUACUUAUCGUCCUCCAUCUCGGGGCGAAUCCAGAAUCGAAACUCACGCGCCCAAUCCUCAAGGACUAUUUCAUUUGGUACCAUAACGACAACCUUUCUAUUUCAGAGAUCUUCAACCUAUUCACUAAGCCAGGAGCUCGAACAGCAGCUACCGGGACACAACGUAUAGCAAAUCAUAUAUUGAAAGCGAUUUCCUGCGAUAAUCUACCGUUUGAUAGGCACAGGUUGAGAGGGGUUUUGAAAGAAAUUCCGGAAGAAGUUGCUUGGGCUAAAUAUAGGGGAUUAGUAGAGGCUGUUGAUACUGCGAAGGAUUAA